AUGCCCAAGGUCAUCAUAGACGCCGACACUGGAGUGGAUGAUGCUUUGGCCAUCAUGUAUUCCUUGUCGUCUCCAUAUAUUGAGGUCCUCGCUAUAACAUGUACGUGGGGGAACACGAGUCUGGAAAACAGUUGUCGGAACGCCGUGCGAGUUGUCGACCUUUGUGAAAAACAGGUACCUAUCUACAGCGGAAGCAGCAAAGCCCUUAUGGGACUGGCUCCAGAUUUGGGACCUGAUCGUUACACCAUCCAUGGCGCCGAUGGUAUGGGCGACGUUGAUUGGAAGAAUACCGUCGACACUAGCGUUAUUCAACGUGAAAACGCCGUUACAGCGUUGACAAAUAUGGCCAGACAACAUCCUGGUGAAAUAUCACUGGUGACGUUGGGCUCCCUGACAAAUGUUGCGCUGGCGAUCAACUCAGACCACGAAUUUGCUACCAAUAUAAAGGACGUGUAUAUGAUGGGUGGGAAUAUAGACGGACUUGGCGAUUAUGUUUUGAAAGAGUUCAACUUCAGUCUCGACCCGGAAGCAGUUGACAUUUGCCUCAGCAACAUGAAGAACAUCCACAUUCUGUCACGUGACACGGCCGAUUUGACGGAAUUUCCAAAGGAAUGGGUGACAGAGCAACUUAACGUCAACACGAAGAAGGCUCACUUCACGAAGCGAAUCCUCCAAGACAGGAUUGCAAGCCCGCACUUCUCCGGGGUACGAAUAUGCGACUUUGCUCUCAUGGUUGCUAUUGCGCAUCCGGAAGCUGUCACAACGAGCGAGGCACGCGCUGUAAUAGAGCUCUCUGGCAAAUCACGGUCUCUUUUGAAACUGGAAUGGGGUUCCAAAAACUCCAACGUCACUAUGUACAAAGCUUUUCGUUAUGAAGUGCUGAUGGAUGGCUUCAGAGAUAUGUUAAACGACUGA